GCUGUUUUAUAUACUGAAGUCAGCGACUCUCUUUCCUCUCUCUCUCUCUAAAGCUUCAUCUCUCUUGUUUUGCCAACUUCCUAAAUUAGGUUUUUCAGUUCUGCAAGUUCUAAUUUGCUGCGAUCGAAUCGAAGGAGUUAAAUGAGACAGCAGCGAUUAUGUGCAGCCGCGACUUGCUAAAGAGGAUGGAGAAUUACAACAAUCAAGGAGAUCUAACCGACAUAAUCCGAGCCACCGGCGGCGCCAAUCCGCCAGCUGAAGCCCCUGCGCCGGAGUGGCAGUUUCCGGCCAAUCCGAUCGCCUUCUCCGCCGCCGAUUUCGGCGAUCCAUUCGCGCAGCUCGGCGAUCCGCUCAUCCACGCGCCGCCCCUGCCUCCGCCGCUGCCAGGAUUCUUCGACGUGAUCAAACCUAGCGACGGGGUGCGAUUUGGGGGAAAUUGCAACCUAGGUCAAAAAAUCAGCCUCGACGAGGAGAUGAAGAGACCUCCGAACAUCUUCUCGAGGAUGCUCCAGAUCUCCCCCACCGCGAAGCUGCCGGUUCCACUCUCGCCGUGCGAUGCUUCUCCGGCGCCGAUUUUGGCGGCGAAUGAUCACCACGGCUUAAUCUCGCCGAGCAACAGCUCGAGAGGGAAUUGCUUGAUUGAGAGCAGCCUGCAGAUCUCAUCUCCGCGAAAUGCGGGGAUCAGGAGAAGAAAAAGCCAGGCGAAGAAGGUGGUUUGUAUACCGGCACCGGCGCCUGCAAACAGCCGGCCCAGCGGGGAAAUCGUGCCCUCGGAUCUCUGGGCGUGGCGAAAAUACGGGCAGAAACCGAUCAAGGGCUCGCCCUAUCCGAGGGGUUACUACAGAUGUAGUAGCUCGAAGGGAUGUUCGGCGAGGAAGCAAGUGGAGCGGAGCCGAACCGACCCGAACAUGCUGGUGAUCACAUACACGUCGGAGCACAACCACCCGUGGCCCACCCAGAGAAACGCCCUCGCCGGCUCCACGCGAUCUCAGCCGUCCAAAUCCGCCGCCGCCGCAAAAACCUCGCCGAAGCCGAAAGACGAGCAGAAGGAAACCAGCACGGAGACCGCCGCCCCGUCGUCGACGAAUUCCGCCGCCGUGAAAGAGGAAGUCGAUCAAGAAUUCGACAAUAACCAAGCAAUGGCGGCGGCGGCGGAGGAGGCGGAAUUCGACGAUGGAUUCUCGCAGCAGAGCUACAAGCCGGCGUUGCCGGAAUCCAAUCAAAACGAGGACAGCUUCUUCGCCGGGCUCGGCGAGAUCGAAGGAGAUUCGUUGGACUUGCUCUUCACACAGGGAUUUGACGGCCGUGAUCACGGCGGCAAGGGUUUGGACCCCUUCGGCUUCUACGAUUGGGGCGGAACCGCCACCGCUGCCGCCGCCGCUUCCAGCGGCGGCGCAGGCGGAGAGGAUGGGAGGGAUUCGUGACAAGAUGUUGAGCAACAGAAGCCCCCACUCAGUUCCAUGCAUGAUUUAUGAUGAGUGUGAGUUUUUUACACGUGGGGAGGGUUUUUUUUUCCCAACUUAUCUUUUUUUUACAUUAGUUUUUUUUAUUUUAAUUUUAUAAGGUUUAAUCUAGAUUCAGAGAUUAUAUGGUGAGAAAAGAGGGUUUUAUUUGUAUUAUUAUGAUAAUUAAUUGAGAGUGGUGGUUAAUAUGGGAGCAGUUUGGAAUAUUGGUGGAUGGGACAGAAAGCUGAGGAACAGAAGGUUUGAACAGUGGGGAAAAGUACAUUUAUGAGACAUGAAAGGAUGGCUCAAUGAAGGGAUUAUGAUGUGGGAUGGGACUCCAAUUUUACAAGUGGGAUUAAUUAAUUACUCUUAUAUAUACAUAUAUUAUUAAUUAAUUAUAUGUGUAUUGAUAUUGCAUGUGUGGAGAGUUUGGUGAUUAAUUAUAUAUUCAUACCUUGUAAUGUAGCCAUGAGAUACUAAACUUUGGGUUCCUCCGCUUUCUGCUCUUUAAUCUUCAUUGUUGUACUAGUUAAUUUGAGUAUUUUUUUUUAUGAUUUCUAGGUUUAAUUAA